UGGAGAUAGUUUAUAUGAUAUAUUAACAAAUAUCUUUAAUGAUGAUAUGUGGGGAAAACGAGAUUAUGGUAAUGGUCAACUUAGUUGGGUUAAAUUAGUAGAUGAAACAAAUUAUAACUUUCAAACUAAAUUAUAUAUUGAAUGGACUAUAAACGGAUUUUAUAAUAUAUUAGAUUAUAAUUGUUAUACCAGAACUGUAAAAUUUAGAUUUUUAACUAAUAAUGCAUUGUUUUAA